AUGUCACAUCAGAGCAAUACAUCAAUAUCAACUCCCGGAAACGCUUCCAACAAUCAGAAGCGAGCAUUGGGUAAUCUUAAACUUGAGUUAUUGAAUGAACAAAAACAAGAAAUAAGGGAAGCCUUUUCUCUCUUUGAUAUGAACAACGACGGUUGUUUAGAUUAUCAUGAGUUAAAAGUGGCGUUCAGAGCAUUAGGCUUUGAAUUGUCUAAAAGAGAAGUGUUGGAUAUAAUCCACGAAUACGACACCGACGACAGGAAUCUAAUUACUUACGAAAACUUUUUCCAAGCUGUUGGCGAAAAAAUUGUGAAUAGGGACCCAUUGGAUGAAAUACGCAGAGCCUUCAAGUUGUUCGAUGAUGAUAACACAGGGAAAAUUAGUCUAAGAAACUUAAGAAGAGUUGCCAAAGAAUUGGGAGAAAACUUGACCGACGAUGAAUUGAGAGCUAUGAUAGACGAAUUUGAUCUAGAUGAAGAUGGAGAGAGUAUGUAUUAUACAAUUAUUAAAGGACACAAAUAUGAGGGCAUGAGUGAAAUACUAACAGAUUACUAUAGUCAAUGA